CACUAGAGAAGAGAGAGAGAGAGAGAGAGAAAUACAAGCUCUCUUUCCCCCCCUCUCUCCCAGGAGAGAUUAUUGCUUGCACUCGCCGCACCACGUCGGUCGUACACCGCACUCUCUCUUUUUUUUUCUUCCUUCUUAUUCAUCUUUUUUAUAUCAAACCUCUAAAAAGGCGACCAUUUCUGUAAUAGUUAUACCAAUUAAAUAUCUAUAUAUAUAUAUAAAACCAAUUUUACUAUGUCGUACGAAUCUUCAUAUUGAAACGAUGUCUGAAAAGGAUUUUAAUUCUUUUAUUUUCUCCAAAUCUCUACCACUAAAAAGUGGAACCCUUCUUUUUUUUCACUUUUUGAAUUCAAAAAGUGCUUUCGAUUUGAAAAUAAUAAGCUAGGAAUGAGGAAUUAUGAAAGUAAAUAUAUAGUGGGAGAGAUGCAUGCCCAUGGGCUAGCUACAUGUAUUAUGUAACUUGGAGUGUGGUGCACUAGGUGCAGGCAAUAAUUUUUUUUUUUUUUUGUUUCUUCACACAUCCCUAAGAAGAUCUUACCUUCCACCCAUAUAAAUUUCCAAUUUUAUUACUAAAAAAAUACUGCAAUUUAAAAAGGGAUUAUGGUGUGGAAUAAUGUUUCUAAUGAUCUCACAGAGAUAGGGAUUUAAAGACUAGGCUAAUUUAGAGCCUCCCCCACUGUCCCUGUGGCCUCCCCCCCUAAUUAAUUAAGUCUCCCCCUCCCCACCUCAUUUCCUUUUCCUAUUCUCUUCUCUCCCACCUCCUCUCCGUUAACUCGCCGUUAGGUAUUGCGGUUCACCGUCGUCUUUGUCAUAUUGCUAGCUAGGUAUCUUUUAUUCGUAUUCAUUCGCGAGCUUGCUAUGGCUAACGCCGUGGGGCCGAACGGAUACGACGGAGGCGGAGGCGGAGGCGGAGGAGGCAGCGGGAGGCCGCCGCGGCUGCCGCGGUGGACGAGGCAGGAGAUACUGGUGCUGAUACAAGGGAAGAAGGUGGUGGAGGGGAGGGGGGGCGGGAGGGGGGGCGGCCGGCCGGCGGCGGAGGGCGGCGGGUUGGCAGACAGCAGCUGGAGCCGAUGGUGGGCGGCGGUGGCGGUACUGCGGACGGACGGGGUGUCCGGGGGCGGGCAGUGCAGGAGAGCGGGUGGAAGCAAUCUGGCGGGGAUUAUAAGAGAUAAAGGAGUGGGAGAGGCGAAGGGGCGCGACAGGGGGGAGUCGUUUUGGGCGAUGAGGAUAUAUCUGCGGCGGGAGAGGCGGCUCCGGGUUCUUCGACCGGGAGUCUACGAAUAUCUCGACGGCCAGAGAGGCGAGGCGGAGGUGGAGGAGGCAGUGUUCGACAGCGGAAGGACAGCGGCGGAGGACGGGCUGUUCUCCGACAGUGAAGAGGAGGAGGCAGUAGCUGUCGCGGUCACUGCAGCCGCGGCUAGAGGCGGAGAGGAGGCGGAGGAGAGAUCGGUGCUGCCGCCCACCACGGCGACUGCGGCGGCUGUGCCGGUGGUGGCCAUGCCAAUAUCUGAGAAAAAAUAUGAAGCACCUCACCAAGAGAGCAUUGAGCCUGCAGGUACGUCGAAAGAUAAGCAACCAGCUCACGACACCGAGAACGAAGGGCACAAGAGAAAACGAGCGUCGACGGACGAGGGAGAAACAAACGUCGAAAGCCAACUUAUCGACGUGCUCGAGAGAAACAGUCGAAUGCUGAGCGCGCAACUCGAAGCGCAGAACUUGAACUCACAAUUGGAUAGAGAGCAAAGGAAGGAUCAAACAAAUAGCUUGCUAGUCAUUCUCAACAAACUCGCGGAUGCGCUCGGAAAAAUUGCUGAUAAAUUGUAGCAUAUAUGGUUGGUUGUUGAUAGGGAGAACAACUAAAGCCUUCUUAAGAUUGUGUAGGGUUAAUUACUAUAGAUGUAAAAGGAUUGUAAUUCCUAGGUUUUAUUUUGGGUCAUCAUGGAUAACUAGUAAGUGUGGGCUUCUUAAUUUAGUUUUUUUUUUUUUUU